GUUUUCCGACAGGAAUCCUACUUCAUGUACCUGUUCGGCGUAACGGAACCCGGAUGCUACGGUACCGUUGACGUUACGAGCGGAAGUACCACUCUGUUCGUACCGCGUCUUCCGUCCGAGUAUGCCGUUUGGAUGGGUCCGCUCCUAUCGUUGGACGAUUUCAAGCAGAAGUACGAGGUCGAUGCGGUUUACUAUGCGGAUGAGAUUGAUGUCAAACUUGGAGAGCUCAAUCCAUCUGUACUACUCACUUUGUGUGGCCCCAAUGCGGAUAGUGGACUGGAAGCCAAGCCAGCCAAUUUCAAGGGCAUUGAAAAGUUCGUCGUUGACUCGGACAUACUGUUUCCAGUGAUUGCUGAAUGGUAUGUAUUUCAAGCUGUCUAAUGGCUAAUCAUUUUG